AAGAGACAAUCGCGCGCUCACAGUUUCUCAGUUCAGGGCGGCCAUUACUCAGCUCACCCACUCCAGAUCUCAUCGCGCUCGUGUCCAUGUCCAUGGCGUCGGCGUCGGCGUCUCAGCGGCAGCACCGCAUGGCCACGGCGUGCUUCCUCGCCGUCGCCGUGCUCGCGCUGUGGGCGGCGCCGACUGCGCGCGGCGCGCGGCCGCCUCCUCGUGCCGGGGCGGCGGCGCGGGCGCAGGCGCAGCAGCAGGCGAACGCGUCGGCGUCGGCGGCGGACGAGUUCCUGGCGCCGCACAACCAGGCGCGGGCCGCGGUCGGGGUGGCGCCGCUGCGGUGGAGCGGCGACCUGGCGGCGGCGGCGGCGAGGACGGCGUCGCAGCAGCAGCAGCGGCAGGCGCGGUGCGGGUUCGCCGACAUGGCCGGGAGCCCCUACGGCGCGAACCAGGGGUGGGCGAGCUACCCGGCGCGGCCGGCGGAGGUGGUGGCGUCGUGGGUGGCGGAGGGGAGGUUCUACACCCACGCCAACAACUCCUGCGCCGCGGGGCAGCAGUGCGGCACCUACACGCAGGUGGUGUGGCGGCGCACGGCGGAGCUCGGCUGCGCGCAGGCCAGCUGCACCGCCGGCACCACGCUCACCAUCUGCCUCUACAACCCGCACGGCAACGUGCAGGGCCAGAGCCCCUACUGAGACAACCCAGCCGGCCGCCCGGCUACGUACGUCGCCGCCCCCUCGCCGUCGCCGCCAUCGCCGGAGCAUGGUUUACAGCACGACGACGACGACGACGCUUGUCUCACUUAAUUAAGCUUAAUUAAUUAGUAGCACGUACGUGUGUCUUGUGAACUUGUGAUGUUGUUAUCUGUACUUUGUUUGUUCUACGUGGUGUUUAGCUAGAGCUGCGUGCGUGUGCUUAGUUAGGCUUUGGCCACAAAUCAAUGCCACGACGUGUGACUUGGUAGCA